ACAAGUAAAAGCGGCGACCUCGAGCUCUUUUCUAGGUCAAUCCCACAGCUCUCUUCUUUCUCCAAAGUCUCGUAACCAUGGGAAGGAAAGGAACUAGCAAAGAUCUUCUUGAACUGGAACACAAGAAUCCAUCAUCUUCUUCCUCCUCUGCUAUCGAUUCAGCACUUUUGAUCUCCAAGAAGCAGAAGAAGAAGCAGAAGAAGGAGGCUCCUCCUCCUCCAUCGAAGCCAACGAUAGCUCCAGUUCCCAAAAGCGAGUUUCUCGACAAACUCAAAGGCUUUCUUGGAGUCAUGGCGGAGGCUAACAAGAAACUUGAGCAAGAAGCAGAGGAAGGAAACUCUGAAGCUUUUGACCUCGAGGCACUUACGGGAGACGAGUCUCAAGUUAUAGAGAUGGAUUUGAUGCUCGGUGUCGCUGAUCUCAACACGCCUGAAGCUGUCAAGGCUGCUGAAGCAGCUAUUGCCGGUAAUGGUUUGGCUAAUGGAAGCAGCGAUGAUGAGAGUGAUAGCGACGAUGAUGAGAGUGAUAGUGGCGAUGAAGAUGAUGAUGACAAGAAGAGCUCUAAAGGUGAAGAAAGUAGUGGAAAACGAGCCAAGAUCGUUGAGCUCUCUUAAAAUUAUGUUUCAAUACUUUAAUUUAUAUAAAACAUUGCAUCAUCAUAUUUCA